AGCUCAAGCUCAAGCUCAAGCUCAAGCUCCAGCUCCAGCUCCAGCUCCAGCUCUUGCUCUUGCUCCAGCUCAAGCAGCAGCUCAAGCUCUAGCUCCAGCUCCAGCUCAAACUAAAGCUCAAACUCAAGCUCCAGCUCCAGCUCCUGCUCCCUCUCCAGCUCUAGCUCUAGCUCUAGCUCUAGCUCUUGCUCUUGCUCUUGCUCAAGCUCAAGCUCAAGCUUAAGCUCAAGCUCAAGCUCAAACUCAAGCUCCAGCUCAAGCUCAAGCUCAAGCUCAAGCUCAAAUUCAAGGUCUAGCACCAGCUCUUGCUCAAGCUCCAAAUCCUGCUCCAGGUCAAGCUCCAGCUCAAGCUCAAGCUCAAGCACAAAGUCAAGCUCUAGCUCCAGCUAAAGCUCCAGCUCAAGCUAAAGUUCCAGUUCAAGCUCAAGCUCAAGCUCAAGCUCAGGCUCAAGCUCAAGCUCAAGCUCAAGCUCAAGCUCCAGCUCAGGCUCCAGGUCAAGCUCAAGCUCAAGCUCAAGCUCAAGUACCAACUCAAGCUCCAGCUCAAGCUCCAGCUCAAGCUCAAGCAACAGCUCAAGUUCAAGGUCUAGCACCAGCUCUUGCUCAAGCUCCAAAUCCUGCUCCAGGUCAAACUCAAGCUCCAGCUCAAGCUCAAGCUCAAGCACCAAGUCAAGCUCCAGCUAAAGCUCUAGCUCAAGCUCAAGCUAAAGCUAAAGCUAAAGCUCCAGUUCAAGCUCAAACUCAGGCUCCAGGUCAAGCUCAAGCUCCAGCUCAAGCUCCAGCUUCAGCUCAAGCUUCAGCUCAAGCUCAAGAACCAGCUCAAGCUCCUUCUUCAGCUCUAGCUCUAGCUCUUGCUCUUGCUCCUGCUCUUGCUCUUCCACUUGUACUUGCUCUAGCUCAAGCUCAAGCUCCAUCUCAAGUUCCAGCUCAGGCUCAAGAUUAGGCUCCUGCUUUAGGGCCAGCUCCAGCUCUAGUUCCAGCUCCAUCUCCAUCUCCAUCUCCAUCUCCAUCUCCAGCUCCAGCUCAAACUCAAGCUCAAGCAACAGCUCAAGCUCAAGCACCAGCUCAAUCUCCAGAUCCAGAUCCAGCUCCAGCUCCAGCUGAAGCUUAAUUUCCAGCUGAAGCUCCAGCUGAAGUUCAGCCAUGUGUCGCACGAGCCCCAGCUCAAGCUCAGCCAUGUGUCGCGCGAGCUUUAGCUCAAGCUCAGCCACGUGUCGCGCAAGCUUUAGCUCAAGCUCAGCCAUGUAUGCAUGUGUUGCAUGAGCUCCAGCUCUAGCUCUAGCUCCUGCUCUUGCUCUUACUCCAGCCUAAGCUCCAGCUCCAGCUCCAGCUCCAGCUCCAGCUCUAGCUCUUGCUCAAGCUCCAGCUCCAGCUCCAGCUCUUGCUUUUGCUCCAGCUCAAGCACCAGCUCAAGCUCCAGCUCCAGGUCAGGCUCAAGCUCAAGCUCCAGCUUCAGUUCAAGCUCCAGCUCAAGCUCAAGAACCAGCUCAAGCUCAAGCUCAAGCUCAAGCUCAAGCUCCAGCUCCAGCUCCAGCUCCAGCUCCUGCUUCUGGUCCUGCUCCAGCUCUAGCUCUAGCUCUAGCUCUAGCUCUUGCUCUUGCUCUUGCUCUUGCUCUAGCUCAAUCUCAAGCUCCAUCUCAAGCUCCAGCUCAAGCUCAAGAACCAGGUCAAGCUCAAGUUCCAGCUCCAGCUCCAGCUCCUGCUCUAGCUCUUGCUCUUGCUUUUGCACUUGCUCUAGCUCAAGCUCCAUCUCAAGUUCCAGCGCAGGCUCAAGCUUAAGCUCCAGCAUUAGGGCCAGGGCCAUGUCCAUCUCCAGCUCCAGCUCAAUCUCCAGCUUAGCCACGUCUCACUCAAGCUCAAGCUUAGGUCCCAGCUCAAGCUCCAGCUCAAGAUCCAGCUCAGCCACGUCUCGCUCGUGCUCAAGCUCCAGCUCAGCCAUGUGUCGCUCGCACUCCAGCUCAAGCUCACUACACUUAAUACACAUGCUACUCUCAUUUGUGAUCUAUUAAAACACAUGAAAUCAAAGGGCACUGCUAAUAUUUUAUUUGACAGAACACCUGCCUUUUAUCAAUACAGCAACAUGAAAAUUUCCCCCUUCAGUUACUACCAUUAGUACAAAAUGUGUUCUUUUACAAAAGGAUCCAGUUUCAGGCUGUUCAGACAGUGUUGUUGAGUAUAUCAGUGCAGACAGAAACAAGGAAGCUGGUUGUGUGUACACCAACUAGAAGUAAAUCUUAUAUGAACGCUUUGAAUUGAGCAAAUGAAUGGAAGCUUUACUGCUACUGGAGUGCUCUUAAUGUACAUCGGAGCUUACGUACAGUUUGUUCUGACACACAGGACUAUAGUAUGUGCGUUGAAGUGAAAAAGUGUUCAUUUACAGUACAAAAGCCAACCAACAGCCUUUCAACAACACACUGGCCGUUACAUAGUUUCGGACUUGAUUUUGUCCCUGCGCCCCGUUUGAUUCUAAAACAUUUUAUACACCAGCAGGUAGAAUCAUCUGAACGACAUCCUCCAACCUGAUGAAACCAUUUUGUAGUCGGUCGUCAUUAACGUGGCCGACUACAAAAAGAUGACUCAAAACAAAACAAUGACAUGACAC